AUGCGGUCUUACCAUAUAUUCCGUAGUUGGGCCCUGGAAACUCUUACUGUUGCUCUUGCGAUUGUCCUCAUAGCCUCGAUUUCGGGCGUUUUAGCAUUCUACAAUGGCAAGCCGGUACCGAACUGGGGUAACAACUUAAACCUCAACGCUCUUCUUGCGCUUCUGUUAACGAUCCUUCGAGCUCUACUUGUGAUCAUCGUCGCUCAAAUAAUAUCGCAAAGGAAAUGGGACUGGUACAGCGUCAAAGAACCCCGACCAUUAGCAGAUCUACAGCAAUUCGAUUACGGUAGCCGCGGAGCAUAUGGCGCGAUGCUUCUAGUACCUACUGUUUUGUCCAAGGACCAUAUAACACUUAUGGCGGCACUUGUAUUACUUACGUCAUUCUUGGUGGGGCCUUGCGUCCAGCAGGCCAGCGGCAUAGCACCAUGCUCGCUCCCUAGCUCGAACAUCAGCGCGUCGCUUCCUUUCGCGCAUUGGGUACCAGGAGGUGGAAUAGACUUCCCAGAAACGAGUAUCCCUCAGCCAGAAAUCAUUGCCGCAAUCAUAUCGAGUGUCGUAUCACCCAACGGAAUCGAGAACCAGGUCAACAUGACCUGUCCCACGGGAAAUUGUACUUUCGGUGAUCUAAUUUCUGGAUGCUCUCGGGACAAAACCUUCAACGACGAUAACCGUACUGCACAUUCGACUGUUGGAAUGUGUAACAUAUGUACGGAUGUGGCGUCUCUCGUGACGCAAGCAGGAAUACCGACUUCAGACAAUCCUUGGUUGAAGUCGCUCACAUUACCUAACGGGUUCAAUCUCUCAAUAGACUCUCGAAACUCUUCUGUGGCUAUGAUGAGGCCAACCCCAGACCUUACUUGGAUGACACGCUUACUAACAGAUAGCGCCAGAGAGGCAUCUAGAUGGGCAUAUGUCAACGCAACCCUCUUGACUUCUGUCAGCAUCCCAAUCACUGCAUCUGUUUGCAGUCUAUAUCCGUGCAUGCGUACGUACACUAGCAUAAUUAAAGACAACCAGUUGCACGAGGAGGAAACGCAGUCUGAGAUCAUGCGCAUCGAUUCAGCCAGCCGCAGUGCAUACUUGGAUGAGAACAAUACUGCUCAUUUCAACUUUGGGGGGGAUCUCGAAAUCUUCAACGCUCAUUCGAACAACGAAUCCGGAUAUGCAUCAAUAAAGGCGCCCUGCCGAGUAGGCGAACGUACCUUCCACAUGGAGGAUCAAUUGCCUGAGGGUAUCAAGACAACGAAUCUAUCUCUGCUUGACUUCGGUAAAGAGAAACCUACCUCUAUCAACAUCACUUGGCCCAACCAGUGCAUCUAUCGGCAAGAUGCGAAGUUUGUUAAAGCAAUCGCCACGGUGAUGAAUGUUGAUAUUUUCGACGGUUACUGCGACGAUUUUCGGAUUUGCAUGAAAAAUGAGGUUUCUCAUGGGGAGAACUAUGACUCUUACAUGUCUAAUGUAGGUGUGGGUUCGAUACUCCGAUCGCUGGCUUCGAAUGAAACAACUCAUAAAACGGUCACGAAGAUCUUCGAUUCUAUCGCACAUGCCAUGACCAACAGAUUUCGAUUUCAAUACGGCAGCACGGCCCCAGCAGGUACCACAGCUGAGCUCUCAAUCUCAGACUUAGUCCAGGGGACAGCAUGGGAAACCAAAGUCUGCGUUUCGAUGCGUACAGAGUGGCUCCUUCUUCCCAUCGGCCUCACCUUGGUCACAUUCAUCCUUUCCAUGUGGACGAUCAUCACAAAUUGGCAACAUCGGCACAGCAUACCGAUUUGGAAAGAAAGUAUCCUGCCACUACUUUUCUACGGUCAGGAUAUCGCGCCACGAGAUGCUAAAGCUUUGCCUAUACAGCCUUCUGACAAAGACACGGGCGGCGACCAGGUGGAAGGGCUGAUGGAAGCGAGUACGAUGGCGGCUGCUAGCCGUAAGAUCAUGAUCAAGACAGCACUCCGCUAA